AUGCAUCGAACCUAUUCUAUGCGCCAGAGCAGGGCGCCGACUGCUUCGCAGAUCCAGAGCCCCCCUCCUCCUCCUUCGUCUACCAAAAGUGGUCGACUAUUCGGGAAAGGCGGCUUCGGCCAUGCGCUUCGCAGGAAUGCCGCUGGCGCCUUCGGGCCCGACCUCGCUAAGAAGCUGACCCAACUCGUUAAGAUGGAGAAAAACGUGAUGCGAAGUCUUGAGCUUGUUGCCAAGGAGCGCAUGGAGGUCGCAUCCCAACUUUCCACCUGGGGCGAGGGUGGUGAUGAAGAUGUCUCCGAUGUCACUGACAAACUUGGUGUCUUGCUCUACGAAAUUGGCGAACUCGAGGACCAAUACGUUGAUCGCUACGACCAGUACCGCGUGACAAUGAAGAGCAUUCGAAACAUUGAGGCAUCUGUGCAGCCCAGCAGAGAUCGCAAGCAGAAGAUCGCCGACCAGAUUGCUCAGCUCAAGUACAAAGAACCCAACUCGCCCAAGAUCGUCGUCCUCGAACAAGAACUCGUCCGAGCCGAAGCCGAAUCCCUCGUGGCCGAAGCACAGCUGUCGAACAUCACCCGUGAGAAGAUAAAAGCUGCCUACACGUACCAGUUCGAUGCCCUGCGCGAGCAUAGCGAGAAGGUAGCCAUCAUUGCAGGUUUCGGAAAGCACCUACUCGAGCUGAUCGACGAUACUCCUGUUACCCCUGGCGAGACCCGUGCCGCAUAUGACGGCUACGAGGCCAGCAAGGCCAUCAUCCAGGAUUGCGAGGAUGCGCUCACCAACUGGGUCACGUCGAACGCUGCUGUAAGCUCGAAGCUUUCCACCCGGGCGCGGACGCUGUCGACGAGACGUCGCAACAACAUCAAGGCGCGAUCGGAGGGCAUGGAUCUAUCUGGACAGGAUGCGCCUCUGAACGAUCGGGACUCUUGGGUCGCAGCCGGCGAGCAUAAGGGCCGCGAAUACGACGACGAAGAUGAGCUUGAUGACCGAGCCCACUCCAUCUCGGAUUCAGAUGGCGGUCUGGCCACUGAACACCGUGGCAGGGCACCUGAAAUGACCGCUUAG